AUGUCACCAACUCUCCCUUUCUCCUGCCUCCUGCCCCUGUGGGUAGCCGGCCUGGCCCAAGGCACGCAGGGCCCCCUCGGAAGCCAGGACCCCGGGCCCCGGCCUCUGGUGCUGAAAGAGGCCUUCAGGCUCUUCCAGAUCCAGCAUAACCGAACUUACUGGGCCCCAGCAGAGUACGCGCGCCGCCUGGACAUCUUUGCUCGCAACCUGGCCCGGGCGCAGCGGCUGCAGGAGGACAUGGGCACAGCUGAGUUCGGGGUGACUCCGUUCAGUGACCUCACGGAGGAGGAGUUUGGCCAGUUCCAUCAGAGGGCAGCUGGAGGAGCCCCCAACAUGAGCAGGAAGGCAUGGUCUCAAGAGUCGGGGCGGCCUGCGCCCCCCUCCUGUGACUGGCGGAAGCACAGAGACUUCUCUGUCAGGGACCAGGGUACCUGCAGAUGUGGCUGGGCCAUGGCAGCAGCAGGAAACAUAGAAGCCCUGUGGGCCAUCGAGUACCGAGAGUCUGUAGAAGUCUCUGUGCAGCAGCUGCUGGACUGUGACCGAUGCAGGGACAGGGACGGCUGCUCAGCCGGCUGGGUCUGGGACGCCUUUGAAACCUCCCUUAACACCAGUGGCCUGGUCAGUGAACAGGACUACCCAUUCAAGGGGAACGUCGAGCCCAAGACAUGCCAGGCCCACAGGAAUAGUAAGAAGGUGGCCUGGAUCCAGGACUUCAUCAUGCUGUCACAUGACGAGCAGGAAAUCGCCAAGUACCUGGCCACGUACGGCCCCAUCACUGUGACCAUCAAUAAGAAGCUAUUACAGCUGUACAAACAAGGCGUGCUCAAGGCCACACCCGCCAACUGUGACCCCCAGCAUGUGGACCACUCUGUCCUGCUGGUGGGUUUUGGGAUGGAAGUGGCAGCCUCAUCCUCACGUCGUCCUGCCCGUGCCACCCCAUACUGGAUCCUGAAGAACUCCUGGGGGACUAAGUGGGGUGAAAAGGGUUAUUUCCGGCUACAGCGAGGGACUAACGCCUGUGGCAUCACCAAGUACCCAUUCACUGCCCGGGUGAGCAAGCCAGCAAAGAAGAAGACAGUCUCCUGCCCUCGCUGAGCCUGCCAGCCGCCCCUCCACUCUCUCCUGCCGGCCAGCUGCCCGCUUGCCAGUCCCACCCCUGGCUUGGCCUGUUACCCACUCUCCUCGCUAUGGCUGAAUAAACUGUGACCACAACUUCAGGCGGGCAAACGGUGGGCAGGGAGCGGGCAGACACCACUCUCUGACACAUCCUGGUCCCUUCGGGGCCGAGGCGCACAGCCUCCCACGCAAGCCCUCAGACACGCGCGCGCACACCGCACGCCCCCACGCACAGACCGGCGAGGACCCAGGCACGGGCACAGGCUCCUCCGAGUCAUGGCAACUUUUUUGUCCAGCGGGGCAGUGGAGGGGCCUCACUCAUGGU